UUAAAGAGGGAAAAAAUAUGGGGGUAAAAUAGAAAGUCGUUAAAAUUGUAAUAUAAUGUGUAUUAUUUAAUCUAAAAAUGUGAAAUGUGACAAAUAUUCAUGGAGCAUUUAAAAUUGCAAAAGUGACAAUCAAAAGGGGAUGGAGAGAGUAACUUUUUAUAAAAUUUUAUUUAUUUUUAUUGUUUUUUAUUUUUUUGACCAAUUACAGGCCACGUGUAAGAUAACUUUUUAUAACAGGUUACAUGAUCGGUUAGGAUAAUUUAAAGCGAAUUGGGAUUAAAGAUCGGAUUAUUUAAAAAUAACCCAAAAGUGGAAUUAUUUUGAGCGGAUGUCCAAAAGUGAGAUUAUUCUAUACAAUUUCUCCUUUGUAAAUUUGUUUUUAAAGCGAAUUAGGGGUAAGGCUAGGAAAUGGCAUAGCCCAUGAGCUUGCUUUGCUUAGUAGUAGUUUCAAUGAGUUUCGUGUUUGGCUUGAAGAGUAUCAUCCGGAAUUACAUGGGGUGAUUUGUAAUGACCUUGAAAACUUGUUGAUUUAAUAAAGUGCUAAGCUUGAUGGUUUUCAAAAAAAAAAAAAAAAAAAAUUUAUUUUUAAAAAAAUUACGAAAUUACCAAAGUAUCCCUGCGGUAGGAUUUGGGCUGAGACACACCGGAGUAGAGAGUCUUCCUCUUUCUUUCAUUUCCCUUGCUGAUUCCCAAAUCUUGAAGCUGCGAAAAAACAUUCAUCAAUUGUCAAGUCUUACUGAUUCAACUGUAUAAAUUCAAUCCGACGUCGUUUCUAAAGACCCUUGUUCAGAAAAUGCUGUUAGUGCUGAAUUGAGUGGUUGUGUUCUUGAAACCCUAGUUGAAGAAGAGGGUUUGAGGAGAGAGCAAGAAUCUGAGGGUAUGGAGGUUGAUAAUGUUGGUGAGCAUUUGAAUGAUAAAGGAGAGGCUAGUACUUUAAAGGGUGAAUUGGGUUCUUUGAAUGAUGCUUGUGUUGAAAAAGAAAGCAAGAAUCAAGAGAACCCUAUUAAGGCAAAUUUCAAUUCUUUUGCUCAGCAGUUAUUUCCGAAUCCAAAUCCUGUUGAUGUUGGCAGAAGGGGUAAGGAAGUGGAGACGAGGAAAUCUGUAGAGAUUCAAUCAGGGGUGGUCAAAAGUCAGGCUGCCACCAUUGAUAAGGUGGAAGUAGGAGAUUUUUCGGAACAUAAGGGAGUGAGUGUUGUUGUAGAUUUGGAUGUGUGUGUUGGAAAAAAUAAGAAAAAGGGUAAAAACAAAGGUGGGUUUUGUGCAUCUGAUAUAGUUUGGGGCAAAGUUAAGAGCCAUCCUUGGUGGCCAGCUCAGAUAUUUGAACCUGGGGAUGCGUCGGAGAAGGCUAGGAAGCAUUUCAAGUCGAAAGGUUAUUUUGUGGGCUACUUUGGGGAUCAAACUUUUGCUUGGAAUGAUGAGGCAAAGUUGAAACCUUUUGCCCCAAAUUUCUCCCAGAUGGUAAAACAGACUCAAACGGAAUCUUUUCGACAUGCUGUGGAUUGUGUUUUGGUUGAGACCUCUAGGCGGGUGGAAUUUGGUCUCUCUUGUCAUUGUAUUGUUGACGAUGUGUACAACCAAUUAAAAACUCAAGUUGUUGAAAAUGAUGGAAUCCGUGAACAAUCAAGAAUUCGAGAAGGAGGUGACAGAUUUUAUACUGCAGCAUCUUUUGAACCAUUGAAUUUUCUUCAUUAUGUAAAAGAUUUUGCACAAGAGCCAUAUGGUGAUGUUGACCGACUAGAACAUGUGGUAGCUCGAGCUCAAACGGCAGCCUAUUAUAGAUGGAAGGGUAUUUAUCAUCUGGCCGAAUUUGGAUUGUUGAUAGGGUAUGUGAAUAAUGAGGCUAAUGCUCCAGUCGUUGCUGAAAAAGAGAAUUCUGAAGGGAUUGUUGGUGGCAAUCCUCCACCAGUAACCAUUAAAGAGGAUGAUAACAGGCCUCAAAAAAGGAAGAAAACAUCUAAUGAUAGGGGUCAUGCGACAAAAAAGGUCAGGUGCUUGUCUGACUUGAUAGGUAAGAAGAGCGUACAAGAGGAAGAUGACAAGGGGACUAAAAGAAAAUUAGGCAGUAAAUCCAUCUCAUCUUCUGCCAGGAGACAAAAAGAGGUCAAAUCUUUUCCUAAUGACUCAACUCCCUCAAGAACUAAGGAAUCCAGUCCUCUGGGAACAACUAUGAAAGUGAAAGACCCAAAACCGUCUUUUAGAGUAGGAGAAAGCAUUCUAAGAGUUGCAGGUCAACUGAGCCAGUCAUCGCCUUUACUCAAACAUGAUGUGUCCUCGCAUACAAAAACUAGCAAAGAUGAAGGUAACAACAAGCAAUGCAGCAAACUCACUUCUGAGUAUGCCUCUAUUGAUGCAAUUCUUUCAGAACUACACUUGGCUGCUAUUGAACCCCUCAAACAAUACAGUUUGUUGAGUAAGAUGGUCACUUUCAUUUCCGUUUUUAGAAAUUCAAUUGUUCCUGACAUUGAGCUCUUGCAGAAGCAUGAAAAGUCUGGGGAGGAAGAUACAAGUGACAGUCCUAAUGAAGUACUCUCUGGGUCAGGACCUGCUGAAAUAGAUCCAGUGGGGUGUAUUUCUGGUAUGAAGUCUAAAUCAAAGGCAUCUGAAUCUGAAAUUACGACAACAUCAGUCGUCGAAGGUGUAGAGGAUGCUUGUUGCACGAACCAAACCAUCGAAAUCUUUGAGCAACAAACUUUCUUGAGUGAGAUUGUAAUUAAGCCUGAACAUUCUGAGGUAGAUGGAAGUUCUGUCGGUUCGCAGGAGAUGGAGUCUACAGUUUCAUCACCUCCUCAGCAUUUUGGAUCUGAAAAUGGUACAUCAGAAGGGGGGCUAUUUGAUGUGAAAAAGCAGCUGGAAGAUUCACCAACAGCCUUAACUUUGAAAUUCGCUGACAUGGAUUCUAUUCCUACGAAAGCCAAAUUAAUAAAAAUUUUCAGUCACUAUGGUUCUUUGAAGGAAUCAGAAACUGAAGUAUUGGCCAAAAAACUUUGUGCCAGGGUGGUAUUCAAGAGACGUUCAGAUGCUGAAACAGCCUUCAGUAGUUCAGGGAAGUUUGAAAUCUUCGGACCUUCACUUGUUUGUUAUCGGCUUAACUAUGCCCCAUCUCCACGCAAAUCUCCUUCCAUUGAAGCUAAAUGUAGAAGGGAAGACUGAACACUGAGGUAAUCCCGUCUAGAUAUUCUAGCCACAUUGCUGUCAACUUGUUAUUAGGUAAUUCUACAAAGUAUGUUCAGUUUUUUCAUCUCUGUAGGUUGCUAAGCUAAGGGUACAGCUAGGAAGAUGACUUUAUAAUGUAAUAUCUUUUUAAGAAUUUUCUAUCUAUGACCUUUAGUAUUAUUUGUGCUUUCUAACUGCAUAGCUUAAUGGAAGUUAAGAUUCCCUGUUUUAAGGUACUCGAUUGCAUAUCGAUGACACCCUCUAGAAUCAUAGUGGGUGAUUUAUUUUUCUA